AUGCCUGAUGAGAAGAGUUCCCUCAUGGCGAACCCGGGCGCUAACAAGUCCGACUGCGCCAUUGAUGACUCCGACGAUGGUGACGAGUCCUACGUCGAGGCUCAGAAGUCCAUCUCCGACCUCAAGAAGCGACACACCUCGGGCCGUCUCAAACUGAGCGACUUGCCCUUCCGCUGGAGUCCCUUUGUUCUGCCGCUCACCGAGUCUAACGUGGAGUCUUGCGUCGUACUCGAUAGAGUCGCUUUCCCCGACCACUGCGCUACACGCGAAAAGUUCGAGUACCGCCUCUCGAACUGCUCAAACAUCUGCACUGGUUUAUUCUGCAGCAUCGUCCCGAGCGAGGUUGGGAGCUUCCCUAUCCCGACCCUCGCAGUUGCCAAUGUCGUUGAGACUGGCCGUGCGCACCAAGCCAAAAUGGUUAUGCUCGGUCACAUCGUCGCGACCCUCGGCAACGGCCCCGUUGUCACAGAUGAGGACAUGGCCUGUCCCGAUAACUGGCGCGACCAGAAAGCGUCCAAGGACUCGGGUCUUGGCCACAAAGUCACGGGUCGCACCGUCUGCAUUCACUCCUUCGCCGUCAUUCCCAAGCUUCAAAACUGCGGCCUAGGCAGGCUGCUCAUGAAAGCGUAUCUACAGCAGAUCAACGAGUCUGGAGUUGCCGAUCGUAUCGCCUUGACCUGCCAGAACUGGCUGGUGAGUUACUUCGAGCGCUUUGGCUUUAAGUCUCUCGGCCAUAGCAAGACCUCCUCCUUCGGUGGUGGCGGCUGGCAUGACAUGAUAAUCGACCUCUCUGGCCCCGCUAAGAAGCCCGCCGACGCCCUAUUAACGCAAGACGAGUAG